AUGGGUCUGCAAACUUCCGAAGAGGAAGACAAGAUGAAGGAUGUGCUGUUUCGUCAAUUAGUUGGUGGACUCCAAUUUCUGGCACAGUCUACGAGGCCCGAUAUUGCUUAUGCAGUCAACUCCGUGAGCACUUUCAGUGGCAAUCCAGGAGAACCCCACUGGACGGCAGCAAAGCGUAUUUUGCGCUAUCUCAAGGGAACGCUCAACACGAAGCUGGUGUAUCAGAAGAAACCAGACAGUCUUUUCGAGGGCUACAGCGAUGCAGAUUGGGGCAAUGACGCGGAUACCAGACAAUCGGUAACAGGAUAUGUGUUCCAAUGUGCAGGCAGGCGGAUCGAUAUCAUGGAGUUGCAAGAAACAUCCGAGUUCAUGGCGUUGUCUGCAGCAACACAAGAAGCUAGCAGUAUGGUGGUGCGGUCAGCGAAGAUAACUAUUCGGUUUCCAAGAUGCAAUUCCUAUGUCUUACGAUAA